AUGCCUCGAGAUGUUGAAUUAGACCAAAAUGUCUCCAUUCUCACUGUGUCCCCUAUGCGUAGACGGCAGGUUGGCGCACCAAAGAAGUACGUUAUCUCCGAUUCAGAUAGCGACAACGACAAGAUUCGGGCACCGAGCAAGGUUCAGAACUCCAAUCGUUCGCGCGGGGCAAGCCGCGUUCAGCCAGAGGAGAUGGAAAUUAUAGAUCUUUCUUCCGACUCUGAACCUGCCGAAGUGCGACUUGACUUCCCCACGACUCCAGAUAUCCGAUACGGGGAGGAUGGCAUGAUCGAUUAUAUUCCCUCCCCUAGAAAGCCCAGACCUCUUUCUCCUGCAAAGCAACUGGCGGAACCUGCACGUCGAAGGACCCUUCUGGAACCUGAUCCAGUGGAUGAAGAACUCAAGUGGGAGGUUCAGAAGGAAGCUGAGAGUGAUAUCAUAUCCGGCAUGAGAGUUAUGCGUCGCUCAAUCGGUCACAAGGAUGCCGUCGAUUCUGCAUCAGAUGUACCUCCGCCACCCUCCAGGCCUACUAAUGCUUUGGAUGUAGCUGGAGUCAUUGAUUCUACUGAAUUCGACGUGACAGAAGCUCCGCCUGCUCCUACCAAGACGCCUCGACUCAAGAAGAUGCCGGAUGCGGUGGCAGCAUUACACCGACUCGCAAUCGCCUUCUUGAAGGAAAUGGACGCGGUAGUAUUCAAAAACCGGCUUGGAAGUACAUACCUUCCAGACCUGGAACCAGCUCCAGCCGGCCCUUCCAAGCGUCGUGGCAAGAAUCAAACAGGCAUCAUCUAUGGACUAGGCUCUCGCGGAGAUUACAACGAUGGGCUCGGUUCAUAUAUAGAGCUUGUAUGGAGCAACAGAAUGGCUACGACUGCCGGACGUACUGAUUAUCGAAAAUCAUCCAAUGGAAAGACUACGACAAAGAUAGAGCUGGGUGUCAAGAUUUUGACCACGGAAGCAAAGCUAAGGAACACACUUGCACACGAGGCUUGUCAUGCUGCGACAUGGGCGAUCAGCGAAGACUUUAAGCAGCCUCAUGGAGCUACCUUCAAGAAAUGGGCAUCGCGAGUCAUGGCAGCAUUUCCCGACGUUGAGAUUACGACGAGGCACGAUUACGAGAUUGAAUACAAGUUCUCAUGGAAAUGUCUCAAUACAAACUGUGGCCAAGUGUAUCAGCGUCACUCCAACUCGAUCAAUGUUGAAAAGCAUGGCUGCCAUUGCGGCUCUCGACUUCAACCACAGUUCACCUUGCCGGCGAAGAGGGCUCGUAAGGGCGACGAGUCUCCUUCCAAAGCCAGCCGCAUGCAACUGUCAGGCGACGUCGAUGCUCUAGCACUUGCUUUGAAGGUCACUAGGCUUGAUUAG